GGGAGGAGGCGCAUCCGCUACGCGCACACGAGCUGUGCGGUACUGCUCGCUCAUGCAGCCACUGCCACGCUACCACCGCUUCCUUUCCUCUUCGGCUGCUCCGCCUCGCCUCCCAGUUCACAGCCCCUCCCAGGCUCCGAAUCGGCGGCCACUUCUCAUUCCUCACUUCCGUCCUCGCGCACCACCCCCUCCAUCCGUUCCGGAUGGUGCCUUCGAAAUCCCGUCCGGCGCCCUAGCGUAGCUCGGGCUCGGCCAGGCUCCGGGCCCGCCGCGCCGUUCCGCAGUCCAGCUCCACCUCCAGAAUGGUACGGUUAGUAAAUUGAGGUUGGUGGUGGGUUGGUGGCCAUACUAGGGGAAGGUACGUGUUUGUUCUUUAUAGAUGGUGACUUGGUUUCAACCUGAGGGUUUUGCCCUUGAUGAUAGGUUGUCAUAGAAUUAGUGGGAUAUAUGAUGGUUUAAUCACAGUGACUAAAAUCUGGAUUCUAAAUUGCUAAUAGUAGAAACAGUAGCUAUCUAGUGCCGGUAGUGUUUGGGGGUGUCUUUUGGGCUAUGCUGAUGUGGUGGGUUGGAGUUGAUAUUGUGGUUGUUUUGUAUGGCACAUUGUUCAAAUACUGCCAAUAUGAGCUACUUUUUAUGUUUCAUUUUUCCUCGAGGUAGGUUAGUAGAUGUCUGGAAUGGAUAUUGCCAACUAAAUGUUUUUCCUGUUUCUUAAUGAAAUAAAUGUUUUCCUGUUCCAGGGAUAUUUUUGAAUUGUUACUAACAGACUAAUUUUAUCUUCUAGAUCUUUUCUUGAGUUUAAGGAAGAUGCUUGCCUUUAUUUAGAAGGCCCUUUUUGGUACGUCAGCAGUGUUCUUUCCUAUAGGAGUAAAUGCCAUUCCGUAGCAUCGUGCGUGAUGUAAGGGAUGGUUUCGGGAGCUUGUCUAGGAGGGGAUUUGAGGUCAGGUUUCUGAGUCAUCGCAGAGGGAAAUCUCAUGGUGCUGUCCAUGAGCUGCACGACCCAGUGCUUGUGGUACAGAGUAGCUGCUGGGCUAGCUUGCCUCCUGAAUUACUUCGAGAUGUGAUUGAGAGGUUGGAGACCAGUGAGGAUACAUGGCCUUCUAGGAAACAUGUAGUUGCUUGUGCAGCUGUCUGCAGAACAUGGAGAGAGAUGUGUAGAGAGAUUGUCAAGAGCCCAGAGUUUUCUGGAAAAAUCACUUUUCCUGUUUCCUUGAAGCAGCCUGGGCCUCGAGAUGGAACUAUUCAGUGUUUUAUUAAGAGGGAUACAUCUACCCAAAUCUACAGUCUGUACCUUAGUUUUAGCUCUGCCGUGCCUGUCGAAAAUGGCAAAUUCCUUCUAUCCGCAAAAAGGAACUGCCGUGCAACAUAUACAGAAUAUAUAAUAUCAAUAAAUUCUGGUGAUACAUCUAGGUGUACAAGUAACAACACAUACAUUGGGAAAUUAAGGUCAAAUUUCCUUGGCACAAAAUUUGUAAUAUACGAUACUCAUCCGCCAUACAAUGGAACUAGUCAAACAGUGGCAGGGAAAACAAGUCAGAGAUUCUACUCCAAGAAGGGAUCAACCAAGGUUUCUUGCAGGUGGUACAGUAUUGCACAAAUCUCAUACGAGCUGAAUGUCUUGGGAACUCGAGGCCCAAGGCGGAUGAACUGUGUAAUGCACUCCAUCCCAGCUUCAUGCCUUGAGGCUGGUGGCAGUGUCCCUUGCCAGCCGGACAGCAUUGCAGCCCACUCUGUUGGCGGAUCAUUCAGCAGUGUGUCCUUGUCAAAGUCAUCGACUAUGGACCACUCUAUGCAUUUCACCAGUUCCCGGCUCUCUGAUGCCAUAACAGGAGAUGGCAUUGUGAACAGAGGCCAGGCAUUGAAUGAUGCUGACGAUGAAGAGUGCAAGGACAUGCCUUUGAUCCUCCGCAACAAGGCCCCAAGGUGGCACGAGCAGCUUCAGUGCUGGUGCCUCAACUUCCGGGGCCGGGUGACUGUCGCCUCGGUCAAGAACUUCCAGCUAGUCGCGGCGACACAGCCUGCCGCCGGAGCCCUGACCCCAUCACAGGCAGCCCCGCAGCCAGCUCCGCCUCCUCCGCCGGACCAAGAGAAGGUCAUACUGCAGUUUGGGAAGGUCGGCAAGGACAUCUUCACCAUGGACUACUGCUACCCGCUGUCAGCCUUCCAGGCCUUCGCCAUCUGCCUGAGCAGCUUCGACACCAAGUUGGCCUGCGAAUAAAUCCUACCUACAAUUCUGGUACCUACCAAAUAAUCAAAAACACUGAUUGUCGUGGUGUUCGUCCAAGAACCGAGUUUAGCUGAGACGCCAUUGGGCACCAUGUGCUGGUGCCUUGUUAACUCAGAAACGCGUGGGGGCUGAAUCUGUUUCAGCAGCUUCCUUGUGAUAAUCUGUAGCUGCUGCUUCGCUGCUGUUGUAUCCUAUGCUUUCAUUUCUUUCCGGUUCCGCUGUAGCUUCUUACCCCCCGGUGACAUUAGUUCGGUACCCGUAUCUGGAUAUUUUUUUAGCCUUCUUCGUUGGAUUGUUCACCGGUGAUGGCAUGUAUUAACAGAGAUAGUUACAUACAGAUGUAAUGAAUUCAGGUCUGGAUAAUUUUGCUUUCGGUUGCUAUUGGAAAAGGAUGUGAUGGCUGCUGUCAUCUUCAGCAGGGCUA